GUUUUUAACACUGUCUUUAUACCGCCACGAUGCUUAGCUGCUCAAGAAACGCGACCGCUAAAGGCAGGGGCCGCGCCCGGAGCGAUGCCGCGGCCUGCUCGCCAGGGGCAUCAGCAGCACUCCGCUGCAGCAAGCGAAGGCUGCCAACGCGCCUCCUAGCCACAUGCACAGGUGCCGCCGUGCGCGACCCCCCGCAGCAGUGGCCCCCCGCGCGGCCGCAACAGCCCGGCGCCGACGACGUCGUGAGCCAGCAGAAGCCGCCUGCCGAGAUCACAACGUUUGCGCUACGGGAGGAGGACAUGCUCAUCGCGCUCCGGCAACAGCAGCAGCCUUGUCAGCAGCAGCAGGCACGCGACGGCGGGGGGCUCGAGUCAGCCGCGACCCACAUCGCCGCGGCGGGGCGCGGACGUGGCGGGGCUGCCGCUGACGAGGCGGCAGCAGCAGCUUCCGGCAGCGACCGCGAGCUGGCCGGCAACAGCACUAGCGCUAGCAGUCGCACUAGCAGGAGUAACAGCAACAGCAGCUCCACAAGCAGCAGUGCGAGCUUGCCGCGGCAGCCCACGUCUGCGCCGGCCGCCUCACCACCCCGAUCUGGGUCGGGUGCUUCGGGUGCUUCGGGUGCUCCUCCCGCUGCCGCGCGAAUGGCCCCUCCUCCCUCGGCAGCAGCGGCAACCAGCAGCCCAUCACCGGAUUCAGCUUCGCCGCCGGGCUACGCCUCGCACGGACAACUGCUCGGGCGCUCACCAGCAGCCACACCAGGCCCAUCACCCCCACCAGCACAGCACCUGCUGCCGCCGGUGGCGGAGGCUCAGGCGGCGCUGACGCGGCACCUGCAGCAGCACAAGGCUCAGAGCGACGCGCGCCGCGGCCACCACUGGCGGGCCAUGGCGGCGGCAGCCACCGCCGCUGCCGCGGCGGCGGCGGAGGGCCUCUCGCCGCGCCGCCGCCAGCCGCCGCUGCCGCCCCGAGGCGCCGCCGGUGCUGGUACUGCCGAUGUUGUCGGUGGCGGCCGCCGCCCCGGUGGCCCCGGCCCCGCACAACCCCUGAGUGCAGCAAGCAUAAGCAGCCCCUCGGCGCCGGUCGCGAUGCCCAAUAGCAACGGCCAGUCAGAUCAUCAGCAGGAGCAGGCAGAUGUCCGCCCGGAUGCAGCCGGCGGCGGCGGCGGCGGCGGCGGUAAUCAGCAGCGCUCUGAUGACGCAGCCGGCGGCGCCGCUGCUCCUGACGCUGAAGAGGCAAGUCAGGCAACAGCAGCAGCACCACCAACCGCCAUCAAGACACGCAGCAGCAGCAGCAGCCGGCCCAGCCGGCCCCCCGCGCUAGCCACCUCCCUCACCGCGCUCACCCGCACCGCCUCUGGCCUGCUGCUGCCGCGGGGCCUGUUGGCGCCGCACAGCCCGCAGCGCCUGCAGGAGGAGCAGCAGGAGGCUGCUGCUGCUGCGGCGGCGGUGGCGGAGAACAGCGCCGCAGCCGCCUGUGGGGACCAGCUGCUGCGCGACCAGCAUCCCUACCAGCGGCUGCUGCAACGACCGGAUGGCAGCGGCCCGGCAGCGGCACCGCACGCGGCACAGCCGCCGCCGCCGCCGCCACCGCCGCCGCUUGCAACCCCGGCCCUGAUGGCAAGCACCGGCGACCGGGUCGGCAGCAGUGCCGGCCCUGGUCCUGCGCCUUCGCCUGCUAGUGCCGGCAGCGCACCCGUCCUGUCGCGGCGCAGUGGCGGUGGCGUCCGGCCAGUGGGCGGUGUUGUGGCGGCACCCACCUCUCCGCCAGCAAUCGUGCCUGUUGUCGGCGGCUCGCUCACGUCUGAUGGCGCGCGGCCGCCGCCGUCGCAGCUUGUUGCGGCUUCUGACGCCACUGCUGCUGCCGGCCGUGCGGGGGCAUCGCAGCAGCAGGCGCGGGCUCCAUACAGCGAGCAGCGCGGCAGCAGUAGAGGCAUCACCGCCGGCAGCAGCAGCAGAAGUGACUGCGAUGUGGUGUUGGUACCAUACCAGCGCCUCAGGCCGCCCACCCCGCCCGCCGUGCUGCCGCCCAGUGGUGCUGCCGUGCCGCCGCCUUCAGGCUACACCGCCGCCACCGCCGUAGCUGCCACCACCCCCACCACCACCACCACCAGCCAUAGCGGUGGUGACGGCGCCGCCAGUACCAGCAGCAGUCCUGCCGGCGGGUCGCCCGCAGCCUGCCCGCCGACCUCUCGUGCCGGCUCGCCGCCGGGCGGCGGCCUGGGCUCUGUGUUGCAGUCGGCGCACGCCUCCGGCCUGGCGGAUGUGCUACUGCCUUGGCCCGCCCGCCUCAUCCUGCGGCUGGGCAGUCUGGUCCGCAAGAAGAGCGGCGGCAGUAGCAGCGGCAGUAGCAGCGGCGUCCGAGCCGGCAAGGCCACGCGUGCCACGGACAGCAGCAGCAGCAGCAGUUCCCAGCCAGCCGGUGCCACGACUGCCAGCCACAACAGCAGUAGCAGCGGCAGCGGCAGUAGCAGCAGCGGCCCGCCCCCGCCGCCGCCGGCCCUCAGCAGUCCGGACUCCCUGUCUAUGGAGGAGGCGGCGGCGGCGCUGAUGGAGUCAGCCAACGCGACCUGGGCCGCGGCCACAGAGGGGCUGCUUAUGGGCGACAGCCUCACGCCGCCGCCACAUCCCUCCUCGUCCUCCUCCCAGAAGCACAAACAGGCCGCACUGUAUCAACGCCACACGGUGGAGUACGGCAGUAGCAGCAGCCAUAGCGUGGACAUGGUGGGCGCCGACGGCAAGCUGCACAGCGCGGAGCAGGCGGCGGCGGCGCUGGCGGAGCUGGCGGCUGCGGCGGCGGCGCAGCGGGCGCUGGCGGCGGCGCUGGAGGAGUGGGUGGCAGACCACCCUGUGGCGCACGUGGCCAUGCAGGCGGCGGUGGUGCGGGCGCAGGUGGACCUGGUGCACACGCAGCUGUCUCUGUGGCGGCCUGUGGAGCUGCUGAACGGGCGGCUGGCGCUGCUGGGGUUGUGCGCCGGUCUGGCCAACCAGGCGGCGGGCACGGGCGGACCGCUGCUGGCGCAGGCAGUGGAGCGGCCGCUGGCGGUGCCGGCCGCGUUCGCACUGGUGGUGCUGCUCACGGCCGCGCACCGACAGGUGGGCAGCCGCAUGCGCUGGCGCACACGCGGCCUGCUGACGAGCGCCACAGCGCACCGAUGGCUGGGCCGACUGGCCAUGGUGGCGUUCGUGGCGGCGGUGGUGGCGGAGGCGCGGGACCCGGCGCACCGGCCCGCGCUGCAGCAGGCGCGGGAGGCGGUGAUGGGCGCGGUGAUGGGGCCGGGGCCGGGGCCGGGGCUAGUGGAGCGGGUGUUGGGGCCCGGCACGGGCGAGACGGCGGCGGAGCUGGCACGGCACGGCAGCGCCGGCGCCGUGGGCAAGCGGUCGGCGCUGUGGGAGUGGCUGUACGUGUUGUGCUGAGCGGGUGUAGCGGGGUAGGAGUGGGUUGAACGUGGUGUUUACGCGGCUUGGAGGUAGGCACGGCGUGCACGCGCUGAGUGCUAGGCUAGCGUAAGCAAAAAGAGGUUGCAUUGUGGGACGAGAGCCAUGGACAUACGGCACACGCUCACUCGAGCAGAGAACCCUGAAUGUAAUACAAGAGAGGA